AUGGACUACGUCGCUAAUUUGAUAAAGUUUAGAAACGACUUGUCUGAUCUUUCAACUCUAUCCAUACCACGUUGGUUGGGAACUACCUCUUCCAGCUAUUGCGAACUUCACGGAUUCGGAGAUGCCUCAGAAAAAGCAAUAGGAGCUGUUAUAUAUCUUCGUGUCACAUCACCUUCGAAUCUAACUCGUGUUACUCCUGUCAUGGCUAAGACGAAAGUGGCUCGAUUAAAGGAGACCUCAAUUCCUAGGCUCGAAUUGUGUGCUGCUGUUUUACUGGUAAAGUUGAUGUCACAUGUACAAUCGUUCCUGAGUCUCCCGGACUCAAUUCCGAUACAUCUUUGGUCCGAUUCGGAAAACACUUUUGACUGGAUUCGAGGUCCACCGCUUCGAUGGAAGACCUAUAUCUCCAAUAGAGUUUCGGAAAUUCAGCGUGUUCUACCAGAGGUGGCUUGGCAUCAUUUUCCUGGAGCGGAUAAUCCUGCCAAUUGUGCAUCACGAGGCCUCACACUGAUUCGAUUAGUACAUCAUCUUCUAUGGUGGCAAGGACUAGUUUGGUUGGCCAGACCUGAGCUUCUGUGGCCAAAUUUGACUGGAGCUAGAGACCCAUAUGUUGAUAGGGAGGAACGAGUUAUCACGCAUUCUGCACUAGUCGAUCAUGAAACACCUUGGCGGCUCCUGACUCAAUAUUCUUCGCUUACGAAACUGUUAAGAAUCACUGCUCUCUAUUUGCAGUUCAUGGAUCGGCUUCGUAGGAAGCAUUUCGAACGGCCGCCUUGUCAUCCGACAAUGACAUACCUUAAAUUUGCCCUACAAAAGUUGAUCCGCCACGUUCAGCAAAAAACCUUCCCUAAGGACAUCAUCAAGGUACAAAGACAAUUACUUGUUUCGAAAUCGAGUCCAUUAUUGAAGCUACUACCUUUUUUGGACUCUAAUGGACUACUGAGAUUAGGAGGCCGACUGACUCAUGCUGUACUAGAUUACGAGGAGAGAUGUCCAUACAUCUUACCUAAGGACUCACCGUUAACGACCUUGAUUGUGAGGAAUGGACAUCUGUUCAUGCUACACGGUGGUCCUCAACUAAUAUUGUCUUAUUUAAUGAGGAGAUAUUGGAUCCUCUCUUGUCGUACGGCUGUGAAAAGUGUGUUGUCUCGAUGUGUGAUCUGUGCGAGACAUCGAGCAAACCCUUGUAGCCAGGUUAUGAAUCCUUUACCAUCUUUCAGAGUCAACCCACCAGUUCGACCAUUUGCAGCGGCCAGAUUGGACUAUGCCGAAACUAUUUGGAUGCGCACGACCAAAGGACGAGGUCACAAAGCAUAUAAAGGGUAUAUUGCUAUCUUUGUGCGCUGUGCCACACGAGCUGUACAUUUGGAGGUUGUAUCGGAUUAUUCUGCUGAGGGUUUCAUCGCCGCCUACAAGAGGUUUUCGGCUCGACAAGGCGUCAGUCAUACUCUUUACAGCGACAAAGGGACAAACUUUGUGGGAGCUGACCGACAGUUACAGGAACUAUUUUCUGAGGCUGCAGCUGAGUCAGACAAGAUUGUUCGUCAUAUCACCGACAAUCAUACUACUUGGAAAUUCAACCCUCCCGCCGCUCCACACUUUGGAGGAUUGUGGGAAGCUGCGGUAAAAUCUCUUAAGCACCAUCUCCGCCGCGUAGUCGGAGACACUACUUUAACCUUCGAGGAAAUAUACACUUUUCUCACACAAGUGGAAGCUUGCCUUAAUUCAAGGCCAAUUCAAUCUCUGAAGGACGAUCCUAGCGAUUUGGUAGCGCUAACUCCUGGACACUUUCUCCUCUGCUCACCAAUUUACACUAUACCAGAGCCUUCAGUAUUGGAGGCAAGGCUCACACCUAGAGAACGUUGGAAACUCAUAACACAAAUGUUUCAAACCUUCUGGAAGAGAUGGUCGACGGAAUAUAUUCACGAGCUACAAACUCGUUAUAAAUGGCAGAAGCCAAACACUCCGUUCAAGAUCGGUGAACUCGUUUUAAUUCUACAGGAGAAGAUUUCUCCAACUAAGUGGCCCCUGACACGUGUGGUUCAGGUACACCCGGGGUCAGAUGGUCAGAUACGCUCUGUAACUGUGAAGACGACAACUGGUCUCCCACAAAGAGCAGUUGUGAAAAUUGUUUCAUUACCAACUUCUGUUCCAGAAUCCACAGAACCUGCCUCAGCCUAA